GAUCGACCUACCCGUGAAGAUGGAACUGCCGACGAGGAAGGCCGACGAGAAGCAGCAGAAGAGGAAUCCUGGCGGUUGCAACCCGGUGAAGAAGCCCGGACCAGUGUCCAUGGACCACGUCCUGCUCGCGCUGCGCGAGACCAAGGAGGAGCGGGAGACCCGGAUCCGGAGCCUCUUCGGGUUCUUCGACAAGGCUGGGCUUGGCUACCUCGAUUACACCCAGAUCGAGGGUGGUCUGUCCGCCCUUAACAUCCCUGCUGAGUACAAGUACGCCAGGGAUCUCCUAAAGGUUUGCGACUCCGAUCGCGAUGGGCGCGUGGAGUACCAGGAAUUCCGCAGGUACAUGGACGACAAGGAGCUCGAGCUCUACCGCAUCUUUCAGGCCAUCGAUGUCGAGCACAACGGUUGCAUCUUGCCUGAAGAACUAUGGGAUGCGCUCGUCAAGGCAGGAAUUGAAAUCGAUGAUGAAGAGCUUGCUAGUUUUGUGGAUCAUGUGGAUAAGGAUAACAAUGGGAUUAUAACUUUUGAGGAAUGGAGAGAUUUUCUUCUACUUUGCCCUCAUGAAAUAACUAUGGAGAACAUCUAUCAGUACUGGGAAAAAGUUUGUCAUGUUGAUAUUGGUGAACAGGCUGUUAUCCCAGAAGGGAUAAGUAAACAUUCAAAUGCAUCCAAAUACCUCAUUGCAGGUGGGGUAGCUGGAGCAGCUUCUCGAACUGCGACUGCUCCUCUUGACAGGCUUAAAGUGAUUUUGCAAGUACAGACAACUCAAGCACGGAUUCUUCCAGCAACAAAGAAGAUAUGGAGAGAGGGUGGUUUCUUGGGGUUUUUUAGAGGUAAUGGUUUAAAUGUUAUGAAGGUUGCACCUGAGAGUGCAAUAAGAUUUUUCACAUUUGAAUUGCUGAAAGACUAUAUAGUUAAAGCCAAAGGCACUGAUAAGAGUAAUAUUGGUGCUUCUGGCCGUUUGAUUGCUGGUGGUCUAGCAGGUGCAGUGGCACAAACUGCUAUCUAUCCCCUGGAUCUUGUGAAAACUCGACUACAGACUUAUGCAUGUGAAGGUGGUAGAGUUCCUAGUCUAGUUAAUUUGACAAAAGACAUUUGGGCCCAUGAAGGACCUCGAGCUUUUUAUAGAGGGGUUGUACCAUCCCUUCUUGGAAUUAUUCCUUAUGCAGGCAUAGAUCUUACUGCAUAUGAGACCCUAAAGGAUAUGUCUAGAACAUAUAUUCUCAACAAUAGUGAACCGGGUCCUCUUGUGCAACUGGGUUGUGGGACUAUCUCUGGUGCUCUAGGAGCAACAUGUGUUUACCCUUUGCAGGUUAUUAGAACGAGAAUGCAGGCCCAGCGCACCAACUCCUCUACUGCUUAUAGUGGGAUGUCUGAUGUGUUCCGGAAAACCUUUAGGAAUGAAGGAUUUUCAGGGUUCUACAAGGGGCUAUUCCCGAACCUUCUCAAAGUAGUGCCAUCUGCUAGUAUUACUUAUCUAGUUUACGAAUCAAUGAAAAAGUCUCUUUCCCUUGAUUAAGGAGGUAUUCAGAUUUUUUUCCAAAUCCACCAUAAUUGACAUGGCUGACUAUAAGUAUUAUGAUAACGAAGAGAAGAUUACAGUUAGAGUAGGUGCAUUGAUUGUUUCCGUUGUAUAAUUGUAUUUUUCUACACAUGAAGUAAAGAUUAUCUGAGGUCUGAAGAGCUCCUUUUCCAAUGAUAUUUGGAUUUUGUAAGCAUGGCCAAGCUUUAUAGCUUCAUGAGUCAGUGCAAGUACAUCUUUCUUAGAGAGCAUGGUCCAAGGAGCAUUUCAGAACUUAUUUAACAUCAAUAAUUGUAUUAUUAGACAUGAAACUGUUUUGACUUAAAUUCUCAGGCUUUACCAUUUUCAGCAGCAUCUCGACUCCUUGUGGAGUCAAUCAGCCAUCUUAAUUACCAAUAGACUAACUGAAUAAGUGGAGACUAGACUUGUGUUUGUCACUACAACAUUGAU